AUGAGUGGUUCACCAUUUGUAACGUAUCCCGCGCCAGAACGACCGUUCAUCGCAUCCAAUCCAGCAGCACCCCCGCGAGGAGGCGGUGCCGGGCGAGGGACAGGUGCGAAGCGCGGACGCAAACCGAAAGCUGCUACAGCAGCUCCGUCCACAACCGUCUCACGUCCACCUUCACAAUCGCCACGUCCAGGGGCCAGCCAGCCGACAGAGCUGCAGUGGCUUCCUGCACCAGGCAGCGCGAAUGCGCAUGUGGCCACAGCGCCAUACGCCACUAGUGACAGUACAACUCCUACCGCGGGACAGAUGCAGCAGGGAACCUCUCCGCUCGCAACGGAGACGGGUACCGUACUCAGUCUGCCCGGGGUAGCACCUGUGGCAGCUCCGCCACCUGCAGACGUCGCAAUAGCUGUGGGCGCGCCGGGUGUUGCUGUGCCCGGAGAGGACGAGGGAGAAGGGGAGGACGAGCUGUUGCCUGCGAUGGCGGAUGACGAUUAUUCUGCGCAAUUGUCCUUCCAGAGUCAGUCGAAGGAUAAUCUCAAAGUCCUCAUGGACAAUCUCAGCCCUUCGCAGUACGACCGGUUCGAGGCAUAUCGCCGACACGCGCUCCCGAAGCAGGCGGUUCGCAAGGUCAUUCAGCAAACGCUCGGUCAGCAGGUCUCACAGCCCGUGGCCCAGAUUGUCGCCGGUUUCUCCAAAGUAUUCGUCGGUGAGGUCAUCGAGAAAGCGCGGAGGGUGCAAGAACGUCGCGGGGACACGGGGCCACUGUCGCCUGACCACCUGCGAGAAGCAUACAGAAUGUACCAGCAGGAGACCGGGCGCGUGGGUGCAGCGCGUCCGCUACGCUCCAAGCGACUCUUCGUGCGAUGA